CUCCUGAAUAGUUAGUUGGGACUACAGGCAUGCUGCACGAUACCUGGCUAAUUUUUCUAUUUUUAUUAGAGAUGGGGACUUGCUCUUGCCACCACAGUUGGCGGAAAAGCAUUUUAAAGGGCUACCUGGAAACUCUGGGAUGGCAGUAGUUAUAGGGUUGAAGGUUUAUAUUGCAGUGUACAGGUUAUAUAGGAGUAUGUCUUUCGCCCUGGGGAAUUUUUAGUCUGCAGCAGAAAUGAUAAACCAGAAAUGUUUGUGUUAAAUUAGUUCAUUAUAGCCAUUAAGUCUGUAAUUGCAAUUCUGCAGUGGUGAGAAGAGUGGCAUUUAGGGGUUCGUAUGUUGUUUUUAAAGUUGUUAAUUUACUGAAUUGUGCAUUCUUCAGGUUUGCUACUUUAGAAAAUGUGUAAAUUCUUUUAAGACUUCUAUAAAUUCUUCAGUAUAUGUUUUCCUUAACUUAGUUAUCUGCUAACAGUACACUGUCAGAGUUUAUACAUGAGUUGCAAUAACCUUUGAAGCUUAAACAUAGGUGAAUUUUCAGUGCUGUUUUAUAUCUUGGGGGGAUGGUUAGUGUUGUUUCCACAAGAAUUUUAUUUGCAUCAAAGAUAAGAUCUUUUCAUAUGAACCAUUUUCAAGUGAAUGGAUUUUACAGGGCCAGAAACCUUUCUUUGAACUUUAUAGUUGUUUGUGCUUGGUUGUAUACACUGUUUAAAAAUGAUGUUUAGUAAGGAAAGUCACUGUAAAGGAAAACUUUUUACAUUGUUACCUUCAUAAUCUCCAUUCCUGGCAAAUAUUCUGAAAUGUUAGAUAUUUCUUUGCCUUCAUCAAGUAAAACAGGCCCAUUUGAUGCCCAUUUCAAGAUCUUCUUUCUGCUGCCUAUCUUGUGGUCAUUUAACUUCUCAUCAAGCCCUCCAUAGGACACUGUGCCAAAAGGGAGAAAAGAUGAAAAGCAAAUGAAUCAUUUUCUAAUUGUUAGUAGCUCUGGAAAACGAUUUAGUAGAAGAGACUGAAACUAUUCUGGAAAUUCUUUGGGAUUAUGUUUUAUUCCAUUCAUCUGCAUUGUCUCUCAGAUAUUCCUAAUGGUCAUCAGGUCAGAAUUCAGAGGCUGAUUACGAUCCAGCUAUUGGAUAGCCAGGUUUCAUCUUUGUACCAGAACCUUGGCUUUUGCUGUGAAACAGAUUCAGAGUUUUCCUGGGAACCUGGGCUCUUGGAGACACAGCGCUGGAGCAGAUGGAUAAUGGAGACUGGGGCUAUAUGAUGACUGACCCAGUCACGUUAAAUGUAGGUGGACACUUGUAUACAACCUCUCUCACCACAUUGACGCGUUACCCGGAUUCCAUGCUUGGAGCUAUGUUUGGGGGGGACUUCCCCACAGCUCGAGACCCUCAAGGCAAUUACUUCAUUGAUCGAGAUGGACCUCUUUUCCGAUAUGUCCUCAACUUCUUAAGAACUUCAGAGUUGACUUUACCCCUGGAUUUUAAGGAAUUUGAUCUGCUUCGGAAGGAAGCAGAUUUUUACCAGAUUGAGCCGUUGAUUCAGUGUCUCAAUGACCCUAAGCCUUUGUAUCCUAUGGAUACUUUUGAAGAAGUUGUGGAACUAUCUAGUACUCGGAAGCUUUCUAAGUACUCCAAUCCAGUGGCUGUCAUUAUAACCCAAUUAACCAUCACCACCAAGGUCCAUUCCUUGCUAGAAGGCAUCUCAAAUUAUUUUACCAAGUGGAAUAAACACAUGAUGGACACCAGGGACUGUCAGGUUUCCUUUACUUUUGGACCCUGUGAUUAUCACCAGGAAGUUUCUCUUAGGGUCCACCUGAUGGAAUACAUUACAAAACAAGGUUUCACGAUCCGCAACACCCGAGUGCAUCACAUGAGUGAGCGGGCCAACGAGAACACAGUGGAGCACAACUGGACUUUCUGUAGACUUGCCCGGAAGACAGAUGACUGAUUUCCAACCCGGAGAGAGGUUUCUGGAAACUGACUCUCCAGGAAAUGGAAGAGACUGAUUUUUUUUUUUUAAAUCACAGUGUGAGAUUUUUUUUCUUUUAAAUAUUUGUAUUUAUUUGAAGGCAGUGAGGCCCAGAAGGAAGUUUUGUGCUUUAGCAGACUCCUCCAUGUUUUGUUCCCUUCACCCUGAGUAUGCAUGUGCCUGUUCAGAGUCUCCAGAUACCUUUUUUAUAAAAAGAAGUCUGAAAAUCAUUAUGGUAUAUAAUCCUUAACAGAGCUUUUUUUAUUACAGUGCUAAAAUGAUUUCUGAUAAAAUGGUCUAGAAGGCUAAAAAUAUAGGAAUGAAAGAAUAAACAGAGUACUCAUGAUGCCUUUGAGAAAAAUCAAAGCAUCAUGUAGUGUGACCUAGUUUCCAAAACAAUAAGUAGUAUUGUAAUAUUAAAGGAAAACUGUUCCAAUCACUUAAAAGUACUUAUUAAGUACUGCUUUUUACAGUUAUGGCAACUGUUUCUUUCUAUGCAUAUAAAUCAAGGAACCAAAUAUCAUCUGUAGCCAUGGAAAUGUCUAACUAGAAAUAUUUAUAUUGGAUUCUGAAUACAAAAUGUCCCUGUGGUAGAAAUCUUCUUAUGCCUGGUGCAGUAUAAUUCCCAAGUGUACUGUUGACCAGAAAAAAAAAAAACACCUAAUAAAUGAAAUAUGAAAAUUAA